UCAAAUUCUAAUAGACAUUACACAACAUAGGAACCAAUAAUAGUAUCAAAAAUAUUAUUUAUCAGUCACCUUUACAAGUCGAUGGUCUAUGUAUAGGCAUUUAAGAAAUAUGAUAAUUAUUCGUUAACAUAAAUAAGAUGUGAAAAUGACAUGUAUGUCAUUCGGGUCACCCUCAAUCCACUGACCACCCAUUCAAUAAGUACUGGUAGAAGAUUUAUCGAUCUACAAUUCACCCACAUUAUUCACCCACCUAUUACGGUUUGGUUUAUUUGCAGGUCAGUCAAUGUUAACCCAGAUUCAAAGACUAUUUGGAAAAGGAAAACCCAGAAAUUAACUGUGGCUGGGUCUUUUUUGGGCCUCUUUUCCGUGUCCUCGAGGAAAAGGAAAACAAACCAACUACAUCCCCGACCCAAGCUUAACUCCGCGCUCUGUUCUUACUUCUUACCUUCUCCUUCCCGUCGUUCUCCUCGAAUUCCCUGUCCACCCAGCCGCUUCGACCAAACCCUAAUCCACCGAGCGAUUCGACCAAUAUCCAAUCGACCGGAGCAAUUGGCGGCCGCUCUCCAGGUCGCCGGCGUUGUCACUCCUCAGCAAUCGGUGGCCGCUCUCCCAGUUCUCCCUCCCGGUCGCCAGCAGAGGGCGACGGUCGUCUGUCCGCUCCAGCUCACUCGAGCAGUCAAGCUCGACGAAAAAUCCACCCAACGCGAGGCCAGCUCUGCCUCUCUUUGCCUCCCUGUCUCGCCCUCCCUUUGCUGAAUUUGGUUCUUGGUAUGUAGAUAGAUAUAUGUGACGACUGACGAUUCAUUUGUUUGUUGAUUGAUCUCUAAUUCGCAUUAUACUUCUGGAAGUUAUUCCUGAUACUCUAGAGUUAAUUGAGAACUUGGUCUGAUUGCAUACUCCAGAGCAGGCACUGUACAACUACAUGAUCUCGAAUCCUUUCUUUCUGUGAUCUCCGCGGCUGUUGUCAUGACUUAAUGAACUUAAUUUCUAACGUUUUGUUGUUGGCUGUAUAGCUAGUGUGGUCAUAUAUACGUACCCUAGGUAGCUAGCAAGCACGUUUUGGUGCUUAUAAACAGACACAUAUCCUCAGUUUAGAAUGCUGGCUGCAGACUGUACCCCUCAUCAGAGGGCCACUUUUGGUCUCCAUGUUUAGAUGCUAGGAAUUAUUCAUUCACUUUGGAUUGUUUGUGUAGGGUAGCGAUUUUCCUCACCGGUUUCUGAUGCCGCCGCCAAUGGAGCUGAAGGAAUUCUCUUUUCCAGCGGGUUCCGUCCCCUUGGCAGUGAUUGCAGCUGCUAGGGUUUCAGGUUUCAGUCUCCCAGCCGAGUCUGGGAAACCUGCUUCCACGCCGACCUUUGUCUUCUCCAAUGGGCUGGAAUUGCACGGCACGAAUGUACUCAUUCGGUAUAUCGGCCGAGUCCCCAGCAGCAUGCCGAAUUUCUACGGCCAGGGCCCUUAUGAAUCCAGCAAGGUCGAUGAGUGGCUGGAAUAUGCCCCUAUACUGUCAUCAGGAUCUGAGUUCGAGAACGCAUGCAAGUUUGUGGACUCUUAUCUGUCGAAGAGAACCGUUUUGGUAGGAGAGUUUUUUACCAUUGCUGACAUGGUAGUCUGGUCAGGUUUAGCAGCUACUGGGCCGAGGUGGGAAAGUUUAAGAAAGUCAAAAAAAUACCAAAAUCUAGUCCGUUGGUUCAACUCUAUAUCUGCAGAGUAUGGAGUUUUGGAUGAAGUAACUUCAGCAUAUGUAGGGAAAAAAGGCUCAGGAAAGCCUGUGGCUGUAAAACCAAAGGACCAACAGGCUGCUGUUAAUGGGGGAGACAUCAUGGAAAAGGGGAAAGGAAGCAGCAGCAGGCCUUCAGCUGAAGUCGACCUUCCGGAGGCUGAAAUUGGAAAGGUGAAAUUGCGGUUUGCACCAGAACCCAGUGGCUUUCUUCAUAUUGGGCACUCUAAAGCGGCUCUCUUGAACCAGUAUUUUGCCCAGAGGUACAAUGGUGUUCUCAUCAUUCGUUUUGAUGACACCAAUCCUUCCAAAGAAAGCAGUGAGUUUGUGGACAAUCUCUUGAAAGAUAUACAGACUCUUGGUAUCAAAUAUGAGAAGGUCACACAUACUUCGGACUACUUUCCUGUGCUGAUGGAGAUGGCCGAGAAGUUGAUCAGAGAAGGGAAAGCUUAUGUUGAUGACACACCACGUGAACAAAUGCAAAAGGAAAGGGGGGAAGGCAUCGAAUCAAAAUGCCGGAGCCAUAGCGUGGAAGAGAAUAUGGAACUGUGGAAGGAAAUGAUUGAGGCAUCCGAACGUGGACAGCAGUGCUGCCUCCGUGGGAAAUUGGACAUGCAAGAUCCGAACAAAUCUCUGCGUGAUCCAGUGUACUAUCGAUGCAAUCCUGUUCCUCACCAUAGAAUUGGGUCCCGAUACAAGUUGUAUCCAACAUAUGAUUUCGCUUGUCCGUUCGUUGAUGCCGAAGAAGGUAUUACUCAUGCACUCAGAUCAAGCGAGUACCAUGACAGAAACAGUCAGUACCACAGGAUUCAACAGGAUAUGGGGCUAAGGAAGGUUCACAUUUUUGAGUUCAGCCGGUUGAACAUGGUGUAUACAUUGUUGAGCAAACGUAAUCUUCGUUGGUUUGUUGAGAAUGGAAAAGUUGAUGGUUGGGAUGAUCCCAGGUUUCCGACUGUUCAAGGUAUUGUUCGCAGGGGGCUCAAAAUUGAGGCAUUAGUGCAAUUUAUUCUCGAACAGGGGGCUUCCAAAAACCUUAAUCUAAUGGAGUGGGACAAGCUUUGGACAAUUAACAAAAAGAUAGUGGAUCCAGUGUGUCCUAGGCACACUGCUGUUAUUGAAGACAAGUGUGUGUUGCUGACCCUGCGUGAUGGUCCUGAUGCAGCAUUUGUUCGCAUCAUAGCUAGGCACAAGAAAUAUGAGGGUGCCGGAGAAAAGGCCACAACAUACACAAAGAGCAUAUGGAUUGACCAAGCUGAUGCUCAGUCCAUCUCAGUAAAUGAAGAAGUAACCUUGAUGGACUGGGGGAAUGCCAUUGUGCAGGAAAUUGUGAAGGAUGACGAUGGAACGGUGAAAGAGUUGUUUGGUGUUUUACAUUUGGAAGGCUCGGUAAAGACCACUAAGUUGAAGUUAACUUGGCUGCCUAAGAUAAAUGAGUUAGUGAAGGUGUCAAUGGUGGAGUACGAUCAUCUGAUCACUAAGAAGAAGCUGGAGGAAGAUGAGAGCUUCAUGGAUGUCCUCAACCCAUGUACGAAGAAGGAGACUGCUGCUCUCGGGGACUCAAACAUACGAAAUUUGAAGCAUGGAGAAAUACUGCAGCUGGAGAGGAAGGGGUACUACAUCUGCGAUGCUCCUUUCGUCAGACCCUCAAAACCCGUAGUUCUCAUUGGAAUCCCGGAUGGCCGCGGUCGCUAAGCGAAGCGCACUGGCAUAGCAGACCUAAGCGGCACUCUUUCCAUUUCAUUACAGCUAUGUCCUGCUGAAGCCCUCAUACAAUAGUGUUCUUCGUAGCUCUCAGGUUUUGUAUCUUUUGAGGUUGGAAAGGUAAUUUAUAAAGUAGAAGAAAAGAAAUUGAGAGAUGUUUCGUUGGCGAUGACUGAUGAUAGAACAAUGAGCAACAAAAGAACAAAAGUUUCGUUGGUAAUCACUUUAGUUGUCACUGGUCGCUGCAUUUCUCCAUUGCUAUGAUAUUCAGCGCUCUGAGUGAUUUUUGUUCACUAAAAGUGCCAGAAACAGCCUUUUUCUUUCGAGUGAUUAUGUUCACUAAGGUAAUUCUUUUUUGCGGAAAUAGAUAGAGGAUAUUGAC